AUGUACGCCGAUAUCACAAAACCUCCGAGGCCAUUGCCCCAGCCCAGUCCGCAAGUGAUCAGACCCGGGUUGACACUUCAGAUGCCAUUGACUCGAUCUGGCUGGAAUGGACCUGGCAUCAUUACCCUCGUCUCCGACAUAGCGGAAGAGAACAGAACGCAUCUAGAUGGCGUCCCUUCUCUCCUCAUCAAAUGGGCUGAGGAGGGAUAUGUUGUCGCAGAGAUCCAAGCCUCUGCUCUGGCUUCAGAUCCAGAAAUAUUGAGCUACACAGUCGAUGCUCUUAAGCAGUGCGAGAUGUGUGAGAACACUGACCGGAUUGGACUUGUGGUCUACGAUCACACUUUGCUCAACUCGGCUGUCGAUUCUCAGUUUCGCCGGCAGCCAGGAAUCGCAGCAGCAGUUGUCUAUGUAGACGCUGGGGUCCCUGUUCCUCCAAUUUCAGUCCCAGCGUUACUUUUGCACGUUGCCGGGCCCCCACCUCCCAGUGGUCUAUCGCAGUCCGCCAGUGGUGGACGAACAUAUCACUACUCGACAGUCACAUCCUUCAGGUUUGCUACACCUUUCACGCCGGAAUUCCACUACAAUUCGGAGGCGGUUUCGCACACUCGCAACCUGACCUUCCUCAAGCCCAAACUGGGCGGUCCCUACUUCGACUUGGAGACCAUCUGGGACGAACAUACUUACUACGAGUUCGCUGAUCGCUCCGUGCAGCACACCAUGUCAACCAUGGUUCAAGAACCGUAUGUGAAUCACGUUCCAACACUUACAGGCGGCGUGGGUCGUGAACUACUCACGAAAUUCUACCGCGAUAGCUUCAUCUUUAGCAACCCAGCCGACACAGAACUCGAGCUGAUAAGCCGCACCAUUGGCAUUGAUCGAGUGGUUGACGAGUUUAUUUUUAAGCUCACCCACACGCAGGAGGUCCCGUGGCUGCUUCCUGGUGUUCCAGUUACAGGAAAGCACCUCGAGGUUCCGUUCACCGCCGUAGUCAACAUUCGCGGCGACAGACUGUAUCACGAACACAUUUCUUGGGAUCAGGGCACCGUACUCAAGCAAUUAGGCCUUCUUCCGGAUUACCUCCCCUUCUCAUAUCCGCUCCCUGGUGCCGCCGGCCUGGAGGCGGCCGUUCAAUAUAGGGUGCCAGUGGCCGGGCGGGACACAGCACGGAAGAUCUGGGAUCGAAACUCGGUCCCGUCAAACGAGAUGAUGGCCUUCAAAGUCCGCGCCGGACCAGAGAAUGGACACACUCUUGAUGGACACACAAGCAAGCCGGCUGGUGUUGCAGGUGAUGGAAUGCCUACGGCGUCUUAG